AUGGAUCAGCAGCAGUACCCUCGUUCAUCCAGAACUGACAGAAAAACCAUUGAAAAAAACAGGAGGAAUCAGAUGAAAGUCCUAUACUCUGAGCUCAAUUCUCUUCUACCCCAUCAACGCUCAAGGGUAGUGACUUCUUUGCCAGAUCAAAUAGAUGAAGCUGUGAAUUACAUUAAGAAGUUGCAGACCAACUUGGAGAGAUUGAAGCAGAAGAAAGACAGGCAAACGGGAGUAGAGCGGAUCAUUAAUGACAACAAUGGAGCUUAUGGUAGUGGACUACAUGGUGGCCGGUUAAGAUCACCUCAGAUCGAGAUUCGUGAAAUGGGUUCGGCUCUUGAUGUAGUUCUGAUAACUGGAUUGGAUUUUCAAUUCAUGUUUGAGGGGUCGAUCCGUAUGCUUAUUCAAGAGGGAGCUGACAUUGUAAAUGCCAGUUUCUCAGUUGUUGAGAAUACCAUUUUCCACAGUAUACAUUCUAAGAUCAACGACUGUGCACCAGGCACGGUAGCUGCAAGGAUAUCUGAGAGACUAAGAAAGUUUGUGAACGAAGCUAAUGCUACUGGGUUUUGAAGCCAUUACAUCAUCAUUCACUGCUGCAUUUUAUGUGAUUAAUUAAUAGAG